CUCAUGCAUCUCUUUACUUCUCGUCUCGCGGAGAAUAACUGUAGCAGUAAAUUUGAAGUCAUGCUCUUCUUUUUGCCAUUUAGGAAUGAUUAGGAACCGAUCAGGCAUUUUCUCGAAUCGCAACGACAUCAUCGUCUUCGAUACAUUCCAAUUUCUUCCCAUUCCAACCCAUCCUCCUCCCCACUGACCAUCUACCCAUUUCUGCCUGAUUUGGUGAAGAAUUGUGCUUCUUUCCUGAAGAUAGUUGCAGAAGUUCAUGCUACAAAGAGUUAUUGAAGAUGUCAAGUGGGAGGUACACACACUGGUGCUACCAGUGCACACAGCCGAUUAAGCCUAGAGGGUCUAAUGUUCUUUGCCCAUACUGCCAAGGAGGUUUUGUGCAAGAUCUCAGUGAGGUAGUGAGAGGCGGAGAACAUGGACAUUUUGGUUCAGUUAUGGAUGAUGAUGAUAAUCAUAAUCACUCUAGAUUGAGGGAAACUUUCCCUGACCCAGGAUUAGUGGAUGCACUUGAAGCAUUCGUGAGGCAAAGAAUGGCCGGAAGAAACCCCAAUUAUGAUAUUCGGUCAAGAUCUGGCAUUAUGCCAGAAAACAAUAUGGCUUUUGGUUCUGUGCCAUCUGGCCCAUGGCUGGUAUUUCAUGGUCAAUCUCCUGUUCGUAUGGCGCCCGAUGAUGCGUUUGAGUACUUUUUCAAUGGAAGUUCAAGAACGGGACAUCGCCAAGCUAAUCUUGAUGACUUCUUUAUGGGGUCUGGACUGCAGCAUUUGAUUGAGCAGCUUAGUAUGAAUGGCAGACAGGGCCCACCACCGGCACCACGUUCUGCAAUUGAUGCCAUGCCCACCAUCAGGAUUACCCAGAGGCAUAUGAGUACUGAUUCACAUUGCCCAGUUUGUCAAGAUGAGUUUGAGUUGGGGUGUGAAGCCAGGCAGAUGCCAUGUAACCACUUAUAUCACUCUGAUUGUAUUGUUCCUUGGCUGGUCCAGCACAACUCUUGCCCGGUUUGCCGCCUCGAACUACCACCACAUGUUUCUGGAAGAAGGCGCAUCGAUUGGAGUUCAAGAUCCAGUGGGUCAGGCAGCAACAACACAGGGCUCAGCAGCAACAACAACCAGAACCAGGGAAGAAGGAAUCCUUUCUCGUUCUUAUGGCCUUUUCGCUCAUCCAAUCAGAACACUAGUAGCUCUGCAGCAGCACACGAGGAUGAAAACGGAACAAAUUACUCUGGGUGGCAUCAUACAGACUGAGUGGCAUAUGCAAAAAAAGGGCAGGUGGAGCUAAUACUAUAAAGUGCAAGGGUGUUACUGCUUGGACUGGAAGUGGUUCUGGAAAAAAUCAGUGAUCCCAAACCAAGUGUGCAAUGGGCGGCAGUGUGAAUGUUCCCAAUUUGUCAAGUAUCUUCAUAACUUUGUGACAAAAGCAUUGUGCUUUUUAUAGUAUUCUGUAUUUUUGUUUUCCCUUUGCCCAUAAUUCUUGCUAUGUUACUCCCAUUGUUCAAAAGCUGUGUCUGUUUUUCUUUUUUGCCUGUCCCGAAAAAAUGUGUGUUUCUGUAUUUGGACAGUUUUAUUAUGUAAUUCACAAUGUUUGUCUCACCUGUGCAUCUAGUGAAACCAAUAAGACACAUGGAAAAUG